UAUUAAUUUCCUUUAAAUCAGGAAGUCAGGAAGCAAAACAUGCUUCAACCCCUGCUUGCAAGUGACAACUGCAUGAUUCAGUUCUCGACUUGUAUCAAAGCGUGUCAGUAAAAAUGGAGAGGAGUUUGGGGAGCAUUUCUGCAAUUAAAUCGUUAGGGUACCAGGAUGGUUGCUGUUUGUCGAGGUGUACAUGUGAUGAACUUCCAUGCCCACUGUUAAAUUGGCUUACGUCCCAGCUGAAGUGUCUGUGCCCGGAGCUUCAAGACCCUGGUGGAAGAGGUAGCGUCUUGCUAGUGAGAGAGCUAAGAAAUAUUCUGUCCAAGUUAAAUUCUCCUCUCACUGGAUUGAACUCAGAGACUCUGGAGCCUUCUGUCCUCUACAAAAUCACUGAGUUCCUUGUGUCAGAAUUGCAAGCAGCACACAUAAUCAAGUAUAAAGAGCUGCAGUCUGAGGAUACAGCUGCUGGAGAAGAAGCCGCUAAAGAGCAGAGAGUGGAGGAAAUGACCGUGGUUUGUCACGAAGACAAUGAUGCAAACAAUAACCAAAGGAUGGCCGAGAUACAGGCAGAGUGGACAUUACUGCUUCACGCGCUUAACAUGGAUACAUCCUCUCAAUAUCCCGAUCUGCUGCAAGAGGUGGAGUCAAGGAUUGCUUGUCUUCCCGGCGAAGCCAUGACAAAGUCUCUGUUACAAGCCAGCCUCACGACAGAGCAAUGGAGACAGUUGGCAAAAUUAAAUCGAGUUCUGUCCGACGACUAUGGCCGUCGACAGCAAAUGAUGAUCAAACGCUUUCAGGUUUCACUCGAGUCAUUUGCAUGGGGAAAAAAACAAAAGGAGCGUAGUGAAGCAAUCGCCUCAGUCCCUCCCUUUUCAUCCAUCGCAGUUUCAUCUAAAGUGUCCCUCCCACUUCUACUGGCUACCAGAGAAGAUCAAUCCUGCAUUAAGCCAAUCAAAGCUGGUCCCAGUACAAAUGUCCACAAGACAAUGAUGGGCCAUGUACCGGACAGAGGAGGACGUCCAGGGGAAGUGGAGGCACCUAUGCCAACCUGGGCAGUGCGAAGAUCGGGAAAUACCGGUGAACGCCGUCAGUGGCGCAAGAAUUCAAAUAAAAAGAGGAAGGGAAAAGGGGAUUAACAUGCACCCCUCUUUAGCGUUACUAACUUUUUUCAGAGAAGAAAAAAACCAUUAAAAUUAAACCAUUAUAUUGAAUUCUAAGUUAUAGUACAGAUUUUGUACUUAUUUUUUUAAAUGAGGUUGUCAUUUGCUAUUGUGUGCAGGUAUAUGAGCCGAUAUGUGUUGUAAUCUUUUUUUUCGGACGGAUUUAAAUACAAUUGAUUUUGUAUUCAAUUUUCACACAUGCAGAUAUUAAAAAUUUGACGUUUGUCGACGUUUAUUCUAACAAA